GACUGGAGAAGAGUGCGGCUGAAGGUAAAGAAGCCACUCUGUAACAGCAACCUUAUGAAUAGCACGAGCUCUUUCUUUUAAAGAUCAGAAAUUAUUAUUAUUAACAUAACGCAGUAUGGUUUAUUAAAGUGUGGCUCUAAUCUAAAUGACGGUAUGUACAUCUGAAGAAUUAUCAACUCAGACCCAUGCAGAUGUGCAUUUGAACGUACCGUGGUUUGGUGUAGUGUCUGAAGAGGAGUCAUGGCAGAGUUCUGGUUGAUAUCCGCUCCCGGUGAGAAGACGUGUCAGCAGACAUGGGACAGGAUGAAUGCAGCCACCACUCACGCCAACAAUCUGUCCACCAACAACAAGUUCACCAUUCCAGACCUCAAGGUAGGAACCCUGGAUGUGCUUGUAGGUCUGUCAGAUGAGCUCGGCAAACUGGACUCAUUCGUGGAAAGUGUGGUGAAGAAAGUAGCCCACUACAUGGCUGACGUUUUAGAGGAUAGCAGAGAUAAAGUCCUGGAAAAUCUUUUAGCCAACGGAAUUGAUUUGGUGACCUACGUCACAAGGUUCCAGUGGGAUAUGGCCAAGUAUCCGAUCAAACAGUCCCUGAAGAAUAUCUCAGAAAUCAUCUCGAAGCAAGUGACCCAGAUAGAUAACGAUCUGAAAGCCAGAGCUUCAGCUUACAACAAUAUAAAAGGCAACCUGCAGAACCUGGAGAGAAAGAAUGCGGGGAGUCUUCUGACAAGGAGUUUGGCUGACCUUGUGAAGAAAGAGGAUUUCGUGCUGGACUCUGAAUAUCUUACUACUCUGCUUGUAGUCGUUCCAAAAACAGGUUAUGCUGACUGGGAGAAGUCGUAUGAAACCCUCUCUGAAAUGGUGGUUCCACGAUCUUCAACUCUGCUUUUUGAAGACCAGGACAGCGGGCUCUUCAGUGUCACGCUCUUUCAAAAGGCGAUCGAUGACUUCAGACUCAAGGCCAGGGAAAAUAAGUUCAUUGUGCGUGACUUCCAGUACAACGAAGAUGAGCUGAAGGCCGACAAAGAGGAGAUGACUCGGCUUUCUUCAGACAAGAAGAAGCAGUUUGGCCCACUGGUACGAUGGCUGAAGGUGAAUUUUAGUGAAACAUUCAUCGCGUGGAUCCACAUCAAGGCUCUCCGGGUUUUUACCGAAUCAGUUUUGAGGUAUGGAUUGCCAGUCAACUUCCAGGCUAUGCUUUUGCAGCCCAAUAAGAAAAACAUGAAAAAGCUGCGGGAGGUCCUUCAUGAGCUUUACAAGUAUCUGGACAGCAGUGGUGCGAUUAUUGACGCCUCCAUGGAUAUACCUGGUCUGAACCUGAGCCAGCAGGAAUAUUACCCGUAUGUUUAUUACAAGAUUGACUGUAGUCUUAUUGAUUUUAAAUAAUUAAAAAAAACAAAAACCUCUAUCAUGUUUGAAUUCACAACACUGGGAAAUUCAUGUUCAAGGGAAUGAUUCAGAAGUUUUGAGUGAAGUUUGACUGAGGUUUAAAUAGAGGUUUAAUUUAAUAAUUUUAUACAACAGUGCGAGGUUUAUAGCAGAGGUUGGUGCUAUCAAUAUUAAAGUCUUAAUACGGUGUCUAUGUAAGUGAUGCCUUUCUCUUUAAAUGCCACAUUGCCAACUCAGCUUUAACAAUGUCGAUCAUUUUUGAAAACUUGUUUUUGAAAGUCCUUUAUGGUUUAGGAAAUAACUAAAUACUGUGGACAAAAAAAAUCCUUUGACUUAAAAGUACUAAACCAUAAUCCUUUAAUUUAUUAAUCAUACAGUAUUUUCUCUUUGUUCACUGCACUGUACCUUUCCUACCACGCAUCACGUAAUCAAAUGAUAAUUAUUGAGUACAGUGUUUUAACCGUGUUCUUGCUUGUGUGCUUGUAUGGUACACAUUUUUACACUGAUUAUUAUUUUUUUUUUUACGAUCUCAGCUUUACCAGUAAUGCCAUAUCUUUUGUCUACACAGAAUUCCACAAUUCUAUGCAAAAGGUGCUGUUUUGGUCCGGCUUUAAGUCAUUUUUAUGGCUAUUUGCGAUUUCUGCUUGAUCCACACACUGAAAAGUAUGUUUAUAGAGUUAGUCAUUGUGGUUGUGUUUCAUUUUAUUGUUGGGAGAUUUACUGUAUUUGUCAUUUUUGAGAUUUGCCACUGAAUGAAAAUGUGAUUGUUCAUGAUAAUAUUCUUUAGUGAAAAACCAAUAAAUGUGUAUAAACCUAUUUUUAGUUUGUUUUUGUUGUUGUUUCCACAGCAGGGGUGGCUGAUAUGAUAGAAAUAUCACAUCAUUGUACUUCAUGACAUUUUUUUUUUUUUUUACAUUAAACAACAUAUAACUAUUACAAACUAACAGUUAAGAAUGAUUUUGUCAUCACAAGACCUACAAUUAAGAAAUGAAUAAUUUUUUUUUAAACUGCAGGGAUAAAGAAACAUUUGGUACAAAAACAAUUCAGCUACUUGUCAUUGUGAGUUUCAGUGAUAACGAUACUAUUCGAUGAGCAUUUGCAUAAGAAUAUAAUUUUAUUACAAUGGUGAAAAUCACAACCUACAUUAUCAAUGUUAUUACAUAUAGGGGUCCAAGCACCAAAGUCAACUCUGACUGAAUAUGUUCUAUCGGUGGAAAAAAUCAGGAAAAGAAAGCUCUAGGGCACCAUAAAAUAUUAUUUGGCAAAUUUCAAUACUGUUCAUUAAAUAAAUCCAUGCUGAGGGGGCCUGUGGAAUGCAUUUUACGUUACAGUUAAAGGGGUUCCUGGCUACAAAAAGCUUGAACCUCUAACCUAGACUGCUAUGUCAAAAUAUACCCAAGAUACUUGCUUUUUAAUUACAAUUU